GGACCGCGGUGGGGACUGUGCCGGCAGUUUCCUGUUUCCGGCGCCGCGACCUCUGACCUCGACCCUUGCCCUCCUUCCCAGGGGGCGGCGGCGACCUUUGACCGCGCCGGGAUGCGGGGGAGGCCGCGGCUGAGGCUCUGGGGGGGCGCCCUGCCCGGGGCGGCCGGGCCAUCGGGCCUCCCCGGCUGCGGAACGCGGGGCGGCAGCCGCAGUGGGGGUAUCACAAAGCCGGCAUCUCUCCAAAGGGACCAAGAAAAUGUCUCUCCCCAAAGAGGAUCUGGAUGGGGAGCAAAUUCUGGCCACACCGUAAGUUCGUCUGGGUGGACAGUCUGCCCUUUAGGAGCCCGACCAAUUCACAUUUUCAACAGGAACUCCCAGCUUUUGAGAGACUCCAGGUUUGGCUGUUUCCAGUUGAUUCACCAGUCUACAACAUUCAGGGGCCUCACAGUGGAAGACAUCCAGAAAGCCAGGGACUCUCGGUCAAAAGCCAACCAGGAGAGCCAGGGUAAAGCAAGACAGAAGCUUAGCGAGAGAGCACGGGAGAGGAAAGUGCCGGUUACACGGGUUGGACGGCUUGCAAACUUUGGCGGUCUGGUUGUGAGUCUGAGCCUCGGGGCCUUGGUGGAAGUGGCAAGAAGCUCGCUGAAUGGAGAGCCAAAGCCCCAGAAUGGAGGCGCCCUGCUGGACUCCAGCCCAUUCCUGUCUGAGGCCAAUGCUGAGCGGAUCGUUGACACCCUUUGCAAGAUGCGUGGGGCAGCCCUCAAGAUUGGCCAGAUGCUCAGCAUUCAAGACAGCAACUUCCUCAGUCCCCAGCUGCAGCGGAUCUUCGAGCGUGUCCGCCAGAGCGCAGACUUCAUGCCGCCUGCUCAGACGAAGCAGGGAGUCCUGGAAGAAGAGCUGGGCACUCGCUGGCGGGAGAAAGUGGCCUCCUUCGAGGAAACGCCUUUUGCAGCUGCCUCCAUUGGCCAGGUGCACCGGGGAGCCCUGAGGGACGGCACAGAGGUGGCUUUGAAGAUCCAGUACCCUGGCAUUGCUCAGAGCAUUCGGAGCGAUGUGGACAACCUUCUCUCGGUGCUCAAGAUGAGCGUGAUGCUGCCGGAAGGGCUCUUUGCAGACAGGGCCCUGCAGGUGCUGGAGAAGGAGCUGGGCUGGGAAUGUGACUACCUGCGCGAAGCCGAUUGCGCCCGGAAGUUCAGGCAGCUCCUCGAGGGAGACCCGUUCUUUGAGGUGCCAGCAGUGGUAGACGAGCUGUCCACAAGGAGGGUGCUGGCUCUGGAGCUGGUGGGCGGCCUUCCGCUGGACCAGUGUCAGUCUCUGGCUCAGGAGACCCGCAACGAGAUCUGCACCCACAUUCUCCGCCUUUGUCUGCGGGAGCUCUUUGAAUUCCGCUUCAUGCAAACUGAUCCAAACUGGUCCAAUUUUUUCUACGAUGCCAGGAGACACAAGGUAACUCUGCUGGACUUUGGGGCUAGCCGAGAUUUCAGCAAGGAGUUUACUGACCAUUACAUUGAGGUGGUGAGAGCGGCUGCUGAUGGCGACAGGGCCAAAGUGCUUCAGAAAUCGAAAGACCUCAAGUUCAUGACUGGGCUUGAGACAAAGGUGUUCGAGGAGGCACAUGUCGAUGCGGUGAUGAUCCUGGGCGAGGCCUUCUCUGCCCCAGGCCCCUUUGACUUCAGCACCCAGAGCACGACCCGCAGUAUCCAGGAGCUUGUCCCCGUGAUGCUCAAGCACCGCCUCUGCUCCCCACCAGAAGAGAGCUACUCCCUGCACCGCAAGAUGGCUGGUUCCUUCCUCAUCUGUGCUCGCCUGGGAGCAGCCAUUCCCUGCCGCGAGAUGUUUGAGGAGGCGUACGCCCAGUAUGCAGCACGGGGACGUGGCGCGGGGUCAGCAGAGGGCACCUAGAGCAAGGGAGUGUCAGUGGCGCGAAUCCGUCCCUCCUGAUGCAUCCUAAACUGGGCGCACCCUUGAUUGAGGGUGCAGGAUCCCUCCCUUCAGGAUCUACUUUGUAGCUCACCAGAGCUGCUGCUCCCGGGGAAUGGAGCUCGUGCCUGCGUGGUGGAUUUUGACCGCUCCUUUGAGAAGACUGUCUGUGCCAACUGUGACAUUUGCUGGUACCUGUUCCCUCCCCUUCAGGCAGCCUGUUGCUGGAGGGCGCCUUUUAGGAAUGCAGAGGGGGUGGGGGAAGGGUCAGCCCCUCUCUCCCGCCCGCUGCACGCCAGGGCGUGGAUGCAGCCCCUCCCUCCCUCCAGGCCAAGGGUGCCCAGGUGCUGGAAUGGACCACCAGCACCCUCAGGCCUCCUGCUCCCAGCGGCUCCCAGCUGCAGAGCAUCUUCAUGUGUUCUGCUUGAGCACUUGAGCUGUGUCCUGUGGCGGCAGGCAAGGGUGGCGAUGGGGGCAGCUGCUCUGAAUGGCAGGAAGAGGCAAAGGAAAGAGGCGGCCUUUAGAACACCUUGGCAGGUCACAUGGGCCCGCUCGCAGCACCCGUAGAGGAGACCUUCAGCCAUAUGUCCCUGUGCUCCAACUGCAGUCUCGGGCCGCCAUUUGUGGGUGAUCCCACCUGGCCUCAACCAGAGCUCAGGCCUUUUGUGGGGUGGCGGCUGCUCUGAGGAAUGGGCUCUCGGAGGAGGUGAGGGGAGCCCCACCAUGGAGAGGGGCUGGAGGGGCCGCAAGGCUUGCCUGUUUGCCAGGACUUUGGAGGGGGCUGGAAUGGCAGGAAUUUAUUUGGAGGGGUGGGAGGAUGGGGGGGUUGUGACUUUAUUUUGGCUUAGCUGUAAAUUGUUUUAAUCUACUAAUGGAAGCUGCCUUGAGCCAGAAGGGAAGGUAGCGUUGAAAAUGUUUUAAUAAAUACAAAUAAGCCCAUUCUGGGCUGCG